UCUGUGUGACUGAAACCUGUGAGCAUUUCCCUCUGGACUGAUUUCCUCCUAGACUCAGAAGCGCGCGCGUUCACAUAGCAGAGCGCUUCCUCUUCUCGUGCUGGUGCCCGCCAGACAAGAACGAUAGAAAAUGGCGAGUCAGUGUAAAAGGCAGCAAUGCACAAUCGACAGGCGCGGCUUUCGGCAGGAACUUGACUCGUGGCGACACAAACUUAUUCACUGUGUAGGAUUUGAGAGCAUUCUCGAAGGUCUGUUUAGUCCAGAGCUGGUAGAAGACCUAAAAUUAUUUAAGGACUUUGAACCUACAGCAGUAUCUGACUGGUCAUUUGAUGAAAAUUGUCUAUUCUGCUGUUUGAGACGAGACAAAGUAAAGGAACACUUAAUUGGCUUAAGCAUCGAGGGGCUUGAAGAUACACCCAAACCUCUCCUGGUUAAAGAUCAGACCGCAAUCAGCAGACUAGAGAAACAAGCUGAGGAAUUUCUCAAUGCGGUCCUCUGCAGAAAAGAUGUGCCAAAUUUCUCGGACCCACACAUUCCAGUAGUGGCUCGAGAGAUCCUUCAGAGAAUGAUCCGACAGUUUGCUGCCGAAUAUACCUCAAAAACCAGCGCCCCUCAGGACAGUUGUUCAGAUUCCCAACCUCCCCCUGACCAAAGCCUCCCGACCCCACCCUUGCUCUCAGGGGCUCCACCUUCUACCAGCCCUGCUGCCACCCUGGUUGGGCCUGCACACAGUCAGAACCCCGUCCUCAGCAAGCUCCUCAUGGCUGACCAGGAUGCUCCUCUUGACCUCACCAUCAAGAAGCCCCUGGCUGUGCCUAGUGAUCAAGAUGGAGUUCUUGACUUGUCUAUCAAAAAGAGUCGCUAUAGCAGCAGCCUGCCUGUCCGUAGUCCCUGCCUUUCUCCAGCCACAUCCAUGCUCAAAGGUGAGUCUCCAGACUUGAGUAUUGCAAAGGCAAAAGACCUGCAGUCCACCUCAACACUGGAACAGUUCAUGGCAAAACUCUGCCCCCAUCAUCAGAGACAGAUUGUAGAUGCCAUAGGUUUUCUGCAGACGGAGGUCAAAGCACUGGCAUCUUCCAAUACACAGCAAGACUCUAACUCUACCUCUGGGAUCCAGGGAACUGCUUGUUCCACUGCAAAAUCCAGUGCAGUCACCCCUGAGAAGUCAUGCCCUGAGCUAAGGUUUCCCAAUGAAUUCACUCCCAAGUCAGAGAUCCAGGAGAUUUCCCAUUUUAUCCCAAGCAGCUGUGCAAUGAAAAAAAUUCCAGAGAAAACAUCUGUUACUGCUGGCCCUGCUCUGGAUCUUCGCAGCCCUGGGUCAGGGACUAACCAGGCUUUGGUCACCCUCACUGCUAAUCCAGUGGACACAGAGAACAACCCUCAUGGUGAUCAUGCACCUCUUAAGAUGAAAAUCAUGACCAGCAACGUUGCUGCUGGUAAGAAGUUGUCAUGUGUGCUCAACACCUCUCUUUCGUCUCACCCUGACAGUUUGGAGGACAGAGAGGGUAACUCAAAUUUAUUCAACAGAACAGAGACUCCUAGUGCUAGACUCAGCUCCUCUGUGAAAAGACACAAUCAGGCUAGUCACACGCAUCAGGCUAGGCAGAGAGAGAAUCUUGGGCAUGCCAAAGAUACACCAGCAAAAGUGUUUUCAGUUCACAUGACCAUUCCUUCAGACUCUCCACGGACUGCCAGGAAGACCAUCAGGGCAUCCUCUGAUCAUCGGAUCAGGGACUCUGCUUGUAGGGGAAUUGCUGACCCUGAUCUCGGCCACUGUGACAUUGUUUUUAUUGACAAACCAAUUACAGAGUGUUUUAAGGAACAGCAGCGCAGCAUGCUCCCACGCCGCAAUGCGAGAAAAAGCACCAGAGGACAUAUGUAUUCAGAUGAAAUCUGGGAAUUAAAAACUGUCCGUACAUUGGCUGGGAGGGGCAACUGUCCUAAUCCAAUGACAGAACUGAUCACAUUGGUCACCCCAAAACAAAUGCUUUCAAAGCCUGAAGGCGUACCACCUGUGGAUAUGCCUUUUGCUGUAGCAUGCAGGGAGACAAUGAAUCAGCAAAUGUCCACAGAAGAGACAGAUGAGAAUGUGAUACCAGGAACAGGAGAUAUGGUGGAGGAAGCAGCCAGUGAAGUAGAUGUUAUAGUUGAAACUAGUCAGACAGAUCAGUGUCAGAGCAAGGGGCAGUCUGUUCCACCAUCUCCGAUAAGGUCCCCAACAGAGAACAAAGAAACGGAUAGAAACACAGAUGUACAACAGGAUACAACUGCAGAUUCAGGGACGACAACAGGAAGCGAAGAAAGUGUUGCUCAGGCUCCAUUUGAAGCAGAAAAAAAUAACAAGCCUGAGCCUGAAGAGGACAUACGUGAAAGUACCGAGCAAAUAGUGGCAGAAACAGUAGUGGAACCAUUAGAGAAUAUUACCAUAGAAGAAGCUGAGUCCCAGCUUUCAUCAGAUGAACUGCUUAACAGUCAGCCUGUUCUCCAGCAGAAUAGCGCCCCAUCACCGGUGAAUCAAGUUGAGGAAGAGAGAGGGGAAAAUAAAAGGGAAGAAAUACAAGUUAAGCAACCUCAGGAACUUCAGCCAGAGACACAGAUGCACUAUGACAACUUUGAAGUGACAGAAAACUCCAACACCACAGGUUCAGCAGAGGAGCCGAUGGUGAAAGAGCCAGAAAUGAAAACAUCUGAAGCAGUUGAUAGUGUUAUGCUUUCAGAGACUGAAGACGAUGAUAAUGACUGUGACUUGUCCUCAAAGUCACUUGAUGCGCUCUUAAAGGAAUUACCCCCUUGGCGUAGAAAAAGAGGUACAGUAGUUUCGCUGCCAAAGCGGUUAAGACGAACAGAAGCAGUGGUAGUGGGUUAUGUAAAUGGUAGACCCAUAUCAGCCUCUGACAGAAGUCUGCGUCGUAGAUCAAGUAACAGCACCACGUCACCUAAUAACACCCCAGUGAAAUCCAGUCAGAAUGUACUGAACAAGAAUCCUCUUGAUUCAGCUGUUGAUUCAACUUUUGAAAACACAAAUUUGGAGAAACAUCCACCUGAAACACACAUACCUGUAAAAUCAAUUGAGACUACUCCUGUGAUUCAGCAGGUGAAUGAACUAUCUUCUCCCACACCAUCAAGCCCAGCAUCUAAAUUUCCCACAAGGACCAAACAAAUCCAGAAACAAAAGAGAGUUCAGAGAGAUCGGGAUGUUUUGCCUGUCCUCUCUGAUCAGCCUGUUGAUCAUCCUCAGAGUACUGAGUCCAAACGGCAACUUAGAUCAGCUGGCCAGAGGCCAGCUGGAACUCCAGUAUCACCGCCCACUUCAAAUGCUAUCACUUCCAUUUCAUCUCCAAAACCUACUGCUACCCAUGCUGUUCCAGCUACAGGGCACCUCCCCUCCCUCCUCUUUCUUUCUCCACUUCCUGUUACUUCUACUCCUCUAAUCAAGUCAUCUCCCCCUGCAGCAUCUGAACAGUCCCAACAGAACACAGUCUCAGAGACAACUGUGGAGUUAAACAUUGAAAAAACUCAGCCAGUAAAGACAACUGAAGAAAUACAAAAAGGCGAAAGUAGAUUGCAGGCCGAACAGAUACUAAGGUCUGCAAAGGCUGGAGGAGACGACAGUGAGAAUGAGAAACAGCAACUUAGCGAUGAGGAAUCAAGUCUAUUAGAAAAACAAAGUCCUGUAAAGACUGAAAUGCAAACACAGAGUAUCCCAUUAAGAAGUAAGCGGGUUCUCCGAAAGGAGGCAGAACCAGGUGAUGUUGCUUUGUCGCAGAAGCCAAAUGUAGCAUCUUUAGGAGACAGGUCUGCAAGUGGAGAUGAUAACAGUUCUUCCAUAUCAGACAAACCCACAAGAAUGCCAUUAAGGAGUGAGAGCAGUAAGCCUGAAAUGUCCCACCAGUCUGUUACUCAGUCAACACCAGUGGACAGCAAGAAAUUAGCAUUGAGAUCACAAAGAUUGGCUGCACCAUCUACCAGUGCUCUUUCUGUAGCUGGAAGACAGAGUGACGUAGCUUCCCCUAUCAGAGUAAUGCCAGAAAGAAUAACUAAAGCUCAGGUGAAGCCCCCUCCAGUGUCUGUUGCAUCUGUGUUGCCCCACUGUUCAGCCAUCCCUGUCAUUACACCAAGACCUGAGCCCACAAAACAAACUAACAAAUUCUUUGAGACUCUGACUGGAGAAGAAAACCAACACCUUAUUACAAAUCUGAACAUUAAGUAUGAUAAAAUGCAAAAAGGUUGGGUGCAAAUGGACAAAGAGGGUCAGCCAGUGACAAAAUACAAAAACAAAGCAGACAGACAGGCAGCUAUAUGGAAAAGUAAACGCAGGGCACGGAAAACAAAGUCUUUAGAGCACCAGAAAUACUCACCAGUCCAAAUGCUCUUUAUGAAAGGUUUUAAUCUGACCAGUAUUUGUCGUUGGUUCCUUGAAACAACAGAAACAAAGUCCCUCGUCAUUGUCAAGAAAGUGAAUACACGUCUUCCAUCAGAAACUCAGCUGUGCUUCCACAGCUCGUCUAGUGCUUCAGGGACGUCUCAGGGGGUAUUUCCAAGCCUACAGGCAGAGCGCUUAAAAAAACAUUUGAAGAAGUUUGCCAUCGCCUCUCCUGUAAAGAGCAACUCCAAGAGUCAGAAACUGAUUGCUAAAGCACUGGAGCAAGAGGCAAAUGCAGUCAAAGGGAAAGAGAGAAGAGAGCUUUCCAGUACUACUCAGACUUUGACUAAGUCACACUCCUCUGCUGAAGCCCGUGUACAGAUAGUUGAAUCCCAGAAAUCCUCUGGUAAAUCAAAGAAUCCAGCAAGUGCAAGGAUCUUGAGGAAAUACUCUAAUAUCCGAGAGAAGAUGCAGGUUCAGCAAACCAAUGUUAGACUGAAAGAGGCCUCAAAAACCUUAAGAACCAACAGUAUGAAAAGACUGGCCAACACAAAGUCUGCUGCUAAGUCAAAUCUGAAACCAUCUCUGAAGACAGAGAAAUCACCCCUAAUGGUCAGUAAACAAAUGAGAGAGUCUGCAGCAAAAAUGGAAAGAAGGAAAAUAUUGGCUGGCAAAAAAACUACAAAGCAUCCUGUUCAAGAGAGGGCAGUCAAGGCUCAGGGCAUUAGUAGACCUUCAAGAGAUACAACUAAAAAAGAAUUGCCAAAGAGAUGCUCUCAACGACUAGGUUCUCCUAAAACAUCUGAGCAUAACCCUGUCGACACAGCUAAAAGCAAGGUCGACAAUAAAAAACAAAUUGAAGCGGAGAAAGUAGAGGUAGAAAAACCUGCUGUGAAUAAAGUGAAUGUUGCAAAAAUCCAGACAAAGGAAUCAACACAAAGUACAGCGUCUGAAAUCAAAGGUACCGAGAAUGUUGUUGAAACCCCACAGCAGAGCAUGGAUGUCAAGGUUCCGACCUCACCUGACCAGGUAUUAACAAGAUCCCAGAGAAAAAUGGAGGCGGCAGGCCCUUUGAGUGGGAGCCCCAGUCAUGGUUCAAAGAGGGCCACAAAGUCCAUGAAAAUAAAAAAUGCAUCUCCUAAAUCAGUCCGGAAAGCUGAGGAACCCACGCUGACAAGAAGAGGGGCUUUAAAGUCAUCUGCAAAGAGAAGUCGACCAGCCUCGUUGCCACGCAGUGCGUCAAAAUCGGCAACCAAGAGAGGUCAGAAGCUUACAGAGACCCCGGCUAAGCGCACCAGGACAUCACUCUCAAAAUAAAAUGGAUCUGCAGAGAGAGAUCAUCUUUCUUUAGAGGAUUUUGUGAUUUUUUUUUUUUUUUUUUUUUUUUUUUUUUUUUAAUCUGGAAUAUAUUCAGAAGGACCAGAAGUAUCUAUUUUCUACUCUCACCAAAUUCUUCAGAGGAUACCUUUUUCAAUAGGCAAAUAUGUGAAGAAGGAACAGAUUUUGAAAUUCAUUUAUGCUUUUGUAAAGCUUCAGUGUGAAAAAUGCAAAUGUGAUGGAUUAUUUGCUGAGCAUUAGCUAUAUGUUCAGGGACUACAGACAAGUCCUACAUGAUGUCUAGCAGAUGUAGUUGCUGUUUGGCUUUAUGUUUCAGCACUCUAUGACACGGCUGGAGAUAACAAGAGCCUAUCAAACCUCAUUUUAAAAGUUGGGAUAACAAACACCAAGCUUUGAUAUAGUUGUCAAGGUGAUGUUAAUUCAUUCACCAUCCUGUUUUUGUUUCUUUUUUUUUUUUUUUUUAGAUAGCAUGCACUGCAUUUACUGUUCAGAGAGCUUGCUAUGAGAAGGGAGAUCAGCUUUUGAAUUCAGUUUUUACUUACAGUAAGUAGGCAGCUUAUAUCUCCAGCCUGUCUUCCAAUCGCAACAUUGUGAAUAUGUGACUGUUGUGACCAGGUGCCUUAUUUAUGAAGUAAUAGAAUGUGUAAAAUGUGAAAACUCCUGUCCUUUAGUUAUAACAUCUUUCAAUUCCUGGAGAGGCAGUUGAUAUUCAUUUGCUUCACGAAAUGUGUGCACAAGUGUGUGUUUCCUUUCCACACAGUAUGUCUUGUGCUGCUUCUGUAAAUUCUUAUGUUGACUUGAGGCAUUCAGAUUUUCUGAUUUACUCUCACGUGACAGGUUUAUUUUCAUAUGCCCAUUUUCCCAAGCAUUAACAUAAAAUUGUUCUUAUUAUAGUUGUAUUAGAUGUUUAAAGCAAAUACAAGUCUGAAUUGUUAAAACAGACAGGUAUGUGUCAUGGCAAAAGUUUGUAUUUUUUUAUGUUUUGGGUCAGUUUUCAUUACAGUGUACCUCUGCAGUCACUGACCUUUGCAGCCAUUGUUCUCUGAUCAUAAUAGUGACUUCACUUUGAGUAUUUUACCUGCUUCUGCAUGUGUUAAGUCUUGUUAAUGUGGAGAGCUGUUGCCUUCCUAGAACUAUAUUUAUGCCCCUGAUAUUUGAAUACUAACCCCAUUCAAGACUAUGUAUGCACAUUUAGUGUCUUUCAAAAAUAUGUACUGGAAAACCAUCUGAAAUGACUUUGGGAUAUUGGCUUGUGUAUCACUUUGUCAACAAUAUUUCCAAACAGCAAAGGCCUAAAAAGUAUGUAUAUUUGGUUGGUUAAUAUGAAUGGAGUUUAUGGCCUCUUUAGCAUUAAUGGCUCAUUGCAGGGUGAUAAAUUCUUUCCCUGAUUAUUCACAAGUUGGAUAUGAAGUUUUUGGGGUAGUCUAGUCACACUUCUGAGUUGUGUAUCCAAGUAUGUUGCAGUUUUAUUAUGUUAUAAUUUUUUUAUUGUCAUUGACUGUCAGGCAGAUGUUCUCGUGUGAAGUUUCUUAACUUCCACAGUAGUAACUUACAUUAGUGUAUUGUCAAUUGUCAUUUUUAGCACAGUGUUAUUUUUUUAUUACGGUCAUUUCUCUUUAGAGGGUAAAUCAUCUGUAAAUGUAAAACAUGUCUGUCAUGUUUUUAUUGUUAUUUAAGAACUCCAUGUAGGCUAAUGAAUUCAGCAAAUCUAAAACAGCCCACCAAAUAUCUGACUUGAACAUGUUUAUUCUUUACAGUUGCUAUUUAAAGAUUUUGAUUUUGUAUAUUAGAAAGAAAUAACUGCUUUAUUUGUGGUAAUCUCAAGAAUGAUACAUCUUUAUGUUAAGAACUUUGUAUUUUUGCUGGAGUUGAUAUAAAGAUGUUUGAAUUUUA